CACCCAUAUAUAAGAUAGGCCAAAGAGUUUUUGCUGCUAAGCAGUCUGACACACUUUCUGCUGAGGAGAAACUAUCUGCCUGUCACUAUGAACAAGCUACUGGCUAUCACAGUGCUCAUUGCUUUCUUUGCUUUGGGAGUGGAGAGCUUCCGAAUGCCCAGACAGGCUGAGGAGGAGAAGGGAACUUUUGCCAAUGUGAUGGACACCCUGAAGUCCUACUAUGACAAGAGUGUUGACACUGCCAGUGGUUAUGUAGAGACCAUCAAGGGCUAUAAACUGGAAGAGAAAGCCAAGAACCUGUAUGAUGAAACAGUCAGUGCUGUCACCACCUAUGCAGGGAUCUUCAAUGACCAGAUCUACCACAUGUUCUACUCCCAAGAUAGCUCUUAAGGCCCAACUCACAUAGUAGCAUACCUUACUAGAACUCUCUCCAUCUCUUUCUGGUCCUGAGUCUGUCACCACACUGGAACCACAAUUACAUGAACCCUGCAAGAAGACAGUGCAGUCUGGGGUGAAAACAUAACAGUUGAACUCUUUUCUCCCAAUGGUCUGUUACCUCUGCCCUGUCAACUAUACAGCAAUAUACUUCCAAAGCACAUACUGCACCAUACAAAAUGCUGAAGUGGAUAAGUAUGAUGUGAAGUUCUGGGGUGAGAAUCGAAAGUUAAAUCAGGUAUAAACUCAAGAUGUUUUUGGCUGAAGACUGGAGACCCUACGCUGCUAAAUGUUAUCUGUCUGGCGCCCCCUAUUGUGGUCAAGGUUAAAUCAGAAUUUGACUGAAAUAUUUUAUUGUAGUUGAUCUGCUAAGACAAAGAAAUUCUAGUAUUAUGUCAAUUUUUAGUGGUUCUGUGUCCAUGAUUAUUAACACCUUGCAAUAAAACUCCACAUUUGUAGAAAAUAAAA